AGCUCUUCGCGCUACGUCACGUUUUUACGUUAAAAGGGACUGGUGUUGUAAUCUCGAGACAUUACGCUCUACUACUACAACAACGCAGACAACCACACAGACUGAGAGACAUGGAGAAAAUACACCGGAGUGUUUGACGAAGGAGAUCCGAAAAUGGCGCACACUUGCCGGACAAUGAAGCGACAGCACAUCGACGCAUAUCGGUCACCGACUAAUACGCGAAAUCUGUUGGUUUUCGACGAGGAAUACCAGAAUACGUGAGGAUUUUUUUUUUAUUGUUGGUCCAAGAAGAAGUAAAGAUGGCUACGCUUGUUGGUUCCGAGAAGGGUUCUGAACGAACCGCGAUGGAGAGGUUCGGUAGCGGAGGUAUGGCGCUCCUGCCGUGGACUAAACAGAUGCUCACUGUGCUGUGGGAACAGCUACGACUGCUGGUUCAGGUCAUAUACUACACCUUCGUGUCCGUUUUCCAGAUGUUCCGGUUUGAGGUCCACGUGAGAAUCACAGACGAGACGGGUCAACACAUGCAGCACAUGACCACGGCGGCGAGCCCGACAGAUGCCUUCCUGUUCUCCUCGUUGUUCGACGGCGACGUCGGCGGUUCGAACCCCCUCUCUACCUUCUGCGCCGACGUGGGCGACUCCGCCGCCGAGGCCCUGCUGUCCACGCUGCGCGCCGACGACCUGUGCCGCGGAUUAGUGGACGAUUUUGUGUCCGGCAAAGACGACGGCCUCUUUCUGGGACACCAGUCCAGCUGGAAAAUGGGCUUCCCCGGCGACUGGAACAUCUUCGUGUCGAGCGGCGACAGCUCCGGUUCAAGCGACGGCUGCCAUAAAACCAGUGAAAAAGGCUUCAAGCAGGAAACUUCAGAAGAGGAGAGAACUUUCCUCUGGAGCAGCGAAGAAGACCAGAACGUAGUCGAAUUUGACAGUGAGGAAAGUAAGGCGCUCUGGGAGUCCCUGUCGAAAUCCAGUGAUCCUUACAACCCCUUCUUUUUCUCUGCCUGCAUUUCAACAAACACUAAUAUGGGAAGAAGUAAAGGCAAAGCGACGGAGAGCGACGCCGACCUCGUGUCGGUGAGGAAGGCCGGCGAGGAGAUGUUGGGGCCCCAGGGCCUGAAUGUCUGGGUCAGCCGCUCUGACAGCGAGAGCAGCUGGAGCAGCUGGGCCAGUUCGGAGGGGUCGAGUCCCGACAUGGACGAGGAGAGCGAGAGGCUCCUGGAGUUCUUCAGCAGCCCCGACGACCCCUACAACCCCAUGUGCUUCACCGCCUGCACCUUCGGCAGCGCGUCACCUCAAACCACCACCACGGCCUCCAAACAGCCGGCCUCGCUUCCUGCACCUCCCUCCAGGUCGGACACGGAGGAGAAGGAGAGCAGCGUCCCUCCUUCAUCCGAGGACGAUGAAGAAGAGCGGCAGCUGUGGAAAUCUCUCGGCCAAAAGGAUGACCCGUACCACCCUCUCAACUUCCAGGCCUGCCUGCAGAGCUCCUCGGCAAUGCCGCCGCCGUCUGAGGAUCCGGAAGACCUCGAUGUCCACCACACACAAGCUCCACCCACGAAGGGAAAGAAAUGUGAAAAAGAGUCCAAAAAAUCACCCAGAGCCACCAAGCCCUCGCUAACACCGAGGAAGCUAAAGCAUCACUCCCACCCAGACAAAACCCUGGUGCCCUGGAAGAGAACGGGACAAACACAGCAGUCACUGCCAGAGGAGACGAGGGAAAGCAAGACCAGCAGCACCCAGAAAAAGGUGCGAUUUUCUCCUCAAGUCCACGUCCACGUCAUGCGGACCUGGCUGUUCGCUCGCCAGGCGUCUCGUAAAGGACACUGGGAAGAAAUGGCGCGAGACCGGGACCGCUUCCGGAGGCGGGUCCGGGAGACGGAGCAGGCCAUCGGCUACUGCUUGGCCCCGCCCCACAGGGAGAGGGCGAGGGCGUAUCUGGACGGUGCCUUGAAAUAAACAAAAAAGUCCCAAACGCUGAAUGUUUCCUUUCCUUUUCGGAUGAGAACUCGUGAUUGGUUGCAAUGCAACAGUGAUUUUUUUUAGGCCAAUUAGGAAUUUGAUGUUAGGCCAAGUUUUUAAUGUUCGGUGUUGAGUUGAACAGCCUUGUACCUCGGAAGGUUUUCUACAUUUUGUGACUGUUGCACUGACUGACACUUUCUCAUAUUAACCUCAGCAUUAACGUGUGGGAUGUUGUUUUUGUACGCCUUAUAUACUGACCUAGUAAUGUAACUUAUUUAUGCCCUAUGGAGCUUGUUGUUUAUUUUUUACCGUUGGUUUUAACUGUUUGUGUUUUUACGUGUGUGAACAAACCUCAGUGGUGAAUCUAGAAGUAGAAGAAGAUGAUGUCGUAAGAACGCAGAGCUUCACAGUACAAAGUGUUUUGUUUAAGCAUGACCUGUUGAUAUGAAGUUCUGCUUCCAUUCUCGUUCAAAUAUUUUAGUUUUUGAUAUUUUUAAGUUUUGUCUCGUGUUUUCUUAUUUGAUGGAACAUAUUAGCAGUGUGGAGAUGGAUAUCUUUAUUAUUAUAUUGACUGGAAAGAUUCAAACACUUUGUCCGAUGUGGCUCACUCAGCUUCUCGUGGUGACAUCGUGCAGACAGAAAAUAUGUCAGAAAAUAGCUCAUUUGUCAUUCGGUGUUUUGCCAAAUCAAUAAAGAUUUGUUACACUGUA